AUUCGCCUUUUCGAAGAUACCACUCUACCAACUCGACCAUGGACGAAGUCAAAAAUAAUUUGGCGAAUGUGAGGCAUACUAUUCUUGUUUUGUCGGGAAAGGGAGGCGUUGGAAAAAGCACAGUAGCAACUCAGUUGGCACUUGGUCUUAAAAAUGCAGGAAAGAAGGUUGGAAUCUUGGAUAUUGAUCUAUGUGGACCAAGCAUACCGCGUAUGGUAGGAGUGGAGGGACAUGAUGUACACCAAUGUCCACAAGGGUGGGUUCCAGUCUAUCCUGAUCCCAAUCUAGCGAUCAUGUCCAUUAGUUUUCUUCUAGGUAAUCAAGAUGAUGCAGUGGUAUGGAGAGGCCCCAAGAAGAAUGCAAUGAUAAAGCAGUUUUUGACUGAUGUUGUGUGGGGAGAGUUGGAUUACCUUAUCAUAGAUACUCCACCAGGUACAUCAGAUGAACACAUUACAGUGGUGGAGAAUCUCCAGUCUCACAACCCCGAUGGCGCUGUCCUUGUUACAACUCCUCAGGCUGUAGCAGUAGGAGAUGUAAGAAGAGAGCUGACGUUUUGCCGGAAGACAAAGCUUCGAGUCUUAGGACUGGUAGAAAACAUGAGCGGGUUUGUCUGCCCUCACUGUGCAGAAUGUUCCAAUGUGUUCUCACAAGGAGGAGGAGAGUCCCUGGCAAAGGAGUGCCAAGUACCCUAUCUAGGUAACAUUCCGCUAGACCCUCAACUGGCGAACUGCUCCGAGGUCGGUCAGAGCUUCAUUGAAGCCUUCCCAUCAUCCCCUUCAUCACAAGCCAUCCAGAGGAUAGUGCAAUCAGUACUAGCGAGCACCAGUACAUCUCAGGAUACAACGUGACAUCUGUGUGCCUCUCAUAGAUUAACAAAUACUAGAGUCUGUUUUCAGAGUACUGAUAUGGACUGAUUUGAGGGAAUGCAGGAAGCAUGCCUCACCGUUUCAUGAAGAUUACGAUUCAUGCAGGAACAGAAAUUAGUAGCAAAGCUAUUUAACUACAUUUACUAUAAUUGCUUACAACAUCUCCAUCACGUUCCUAUUGUCUGUUUCAUGUGAUCUGAUGUACACGUAGUAGAAAAUUGGAAUGAUGAAUUAAAUGAAUGUAGGCAUAGGCAUAUUAGAGACAUGGUCACAUUCAUCUGUUACGCAGAAGACACAGAUAAUGCAUGACAUACAUCCAUGCAGGUAAACAAAUAUUUAAGAGUCGUGGCUGUUCCACUGACUUAUAAUAUUGUCAUUUUGGUAAAAUUUAUACCAAUUCUGUAUACAACCCUGUACCGGUAAUGAUAGAAUUCUGGGUUUAUGUAGCACUUAAAGUGAUAAGGUAACUUUGUCUCAGAUUCUGAAACAAAAGCCUGGAUUUAGCUAAUGCUGCAUUGAUGAUUAUAAACCUUUAGGUCAGUCAGGUACCCGUGACUUUUACAAGCCGAUCGCCUGUCUGAUUAUCAAGAUAUAUAUGAUUGGAAA